AAUUGAAGGAUUCGAAAAUUUCGAAUAUCAUUUGAAUUAUCCGAAUGAAUUGACUAAUCGAAUAAUUAAUAGUCGGAUAUAGAAUAGUAAAGUCGCACAUCGCUAAUAUCAAUAACUGAUAUUACUUAUCGCUUAAUAUUUUAUGUUCAUGCAAGUUACCUACUUAAUUUAAGUCAAAUAUUAUCUUUAACUAAGUUGUUAUACAGACGAAGUAAUAAAAAAACAAGUUCCAUUUAAUUUAGCAAUGUCUAACACUAAGAAAAAAGCGCUUUUUAUUUGUUUGGGGAAUAUUUGUCGAUCUCCAAUAGCAGAAGGAGUGUUCCAAAAAACUGUUAAUGAUUUAAAUUUGGGUGAUGAAUGGGAAAUUGAUAGUGCUGCAAUAGGAGGCUGGCAUGUUGGAAACCCUCCAGAUUGGAGAGCUUUGGAUACCUUAAAAAAACACAAUGUUCCAUAUAACAAUCAUGCGAGACAAAUAACAGCAGCAGAUUUUAACUAUUAUGAUUAUAUAUUUGGCAUGGAUGAGGCAAAUAUGAAGGAUCUCAAUAAGAGAGCACCAAAGGAUAGUAAGGCAAAACUACUGCUGUUUGGAGAUUUUGAUCCACAGGGUGAUCGUAUUAUUAGAGAUCCUUAUUAUGAUAGUGAUUCCAAAGGUUUUGAAAAAUGUUAUGAACAAUCAGUGAGGUGUUCUAAAGGAUUCUUAGAACAUAUUCAAAAGGAAGAAAAAUAACUUGCAGAAAUAUAUAGAAAUGUAAAUUAAUUGUAAUAAUUAUAUUGUAUUAGUACAUACUUACUACAAGUAAUUUACAUUUCUAUAUUUUACAAUAGUAAAAAAUUGGUAUUAAUAAAUACUAAUUAAUUAUUAUUAUUACAAGAAGACAUAAUUUAAAUUGUUAAAUAAAUUAUAUUAUUAAUA